GAGAGAGAGAGAGGGUAAAAUAUAUAGAGGGAGAUAUAAAGGGGAGAAUCGAGGGUAGUUUACUCUGUAAUUGGUGGUGAGAAUGAUUUGUUUGGGAGGUCUGAACAGUAACAUAUGCAAACUCAGUCUCACUCUACAAAUCAAGAAUUUCAAGCAUCAACCUUUUUCUUCUUUAAUUUCCGACAAGAUUUCUCACUAUGAAAUCCCCUCAUCCACCUUCUCUUCAUCUGCCCAUGCAUCAGGGUUUUCACCUAAUGCAUUGGAUUUCCACCAAAAUAUCAUUGUUCGUGAGGCAAGGAUAGAAGAUUGUUGGGAAGUGGCCGAGACACACUGUAGUUCUUUCUUUCCGGAAUAUUCUUUUCCUCUGGAUUUCAUGUUGAGAUUCGACAGGCUUGUUGGGAUGCUCUUUGGAUUCUCGAUACCGAAGGGCUGUAAAAGGUCUUGCCUUGUUGCUGUUACUGAAAGCUGUGGUGAGGAUUCGUUCUUUAUCGGCAGUGAUGAUUAUUUCAAGAUUGGAAAAAUCAAUCUCGGCAAAGGAUAUGUGACUGGGAUUUUGACGGUGGAUACAGUGGCUGAUUUUCUUCCAAGAAAAGGGCCUUUUAGACAAAGAAGGAUAGGAAUUGCAUACGUGUCAAAUGUUGCGGUCCGUGAAAAUUUCCGAAGGAAGGGAAUUGCAAAGAAGCUAAUCGCAAAAGCAGAAGCGAAAGCCAAAAGCUGGGGCUGCCGAGCAAUUGCAUUACACUGUGACCUUAAUAACCCUGGAGCAACAAAGCUGUACACGAGCCAAGGUUUCAAAUGCAUUAGAGUCCCUCAAGGAGCUAAAUGGCCCCACCCGAAGAUCUCACCCGAGACUCAGUUCAACUUCAUGAUGAAGCUCCUCAACUCCUCAUAAGUUAUGGAAAUGAGUGAGGUAAAAAAACAUCAGUUUGUUUGUAGAUAUUGGACUGGUGAAAGAUGUAACAAUGUAAAAUUGUUGUAGCAGUGAAAAUGAAUGUUACCAAUUAGGUUUAUAAUUUAUUAAAAGAUGGCCAAAGUACUGUUAUCUAUAUUCAGAUGACACAGUUUGACUUGCCACUACAAAAUUUCAAAUCCUCAGUUUGUGAAAUGCAAAAAUUGUUGUUAAUAAGCCUUUGC